GCUUUUAGUCGAGCUGUGCUGUGUGCUAGAACGCUUCGACGAGCGGACACGUGCUGUACGCUGUUUCGCUCUGUGUGUGAAAUUGCCGUUGCGUGAAACGUCGUUGGGUCGGUUUUGGUGUGGCGCGAGACGGUCCCAAUUACCCCUGCAAUUGUAUCGUACGAAAGAGUUCAGUGGAUUUCGGCCAACCGCAUAGUGGAGAUGACUGAGAAACGGGUUGACGCCGUUGGCAAAGGCCAAUCAGCGCACGUCGAUGCCCGUCAACCGCCUGCGGAAACCGUGACCCCCAAAGCAGAUGAACCUGCAAUUAGUCAAAAAGACAUCCAUCCAUCGUUAGGAGAUGGCGGUAAAGAAAUCCCAAAUGAGACUGGUGAGGAGAACGGACUUGUCGAAGUGCCAUUUACUAUUAACAUUGAGUUGCCACAGGACAACUCGAAUUCAUCUAAGAUGGUUCAGCUCAGCGUAUCGCCAAUGGAGCUUGUCCAGGAAUUGCAUCAGCGCCUUAUGGAUAUGCAAGAUACGUGUCACAGAACGUGUUUCCAGCUGACAUUCGACGGCAAUACUCUCGACAAUUUUGUUGAACUAAAGACUAUUGAGAAUCUUAAAGAAGGAAGUACCAUUAAACUUGUCGAAGAGCCUUACACUCAACGCAAAGCGAGGAUUCAUGUGCGACACGUACGUGACCUGGCGCAGUCGCUUUCACAAGCUGAGGCCUACUCGGGGCAGGAUCUCGGUUCGCCGUCGUUUCUAUCUGUACUCACUGGCGGCGAUGUCUUCGCGUCAUUACGUGGAGUCGACCCAAACAAAAGCGUUCAGCACGAUCGUGACGUGGAUUGUACCCCGCCUGCGCAUGUCAUACCACCCACAUCACCUGCGCAAAAUGCCAAUGGCCAGCAAACUACGAUUCGUGAACCUCCGCUGGCCGCACUUUUACUAGAAACUGAGGAACAGACCAAAAAAUUGCAAGCUCUGAAAACGUUUACGCUGAGUGGCUGGAACCCGCCACCGGGACCACGGAAGCUUCGUGGUGAUUUGCUGUACCUGUACGUAACAACUCUUGAGGACAAAAACUUUCACAUCACUUCUUCUACGAAAGGCUUCUUUGUCAACUACUCAACUGAAAAUUCUUUUGACCCGAAGCGACAAGGACAACUUGGCAAAGGAUCACAGAUUUACCACUCACUUGUUGAUCUUCUGAACUGCCUGAGCCCUGGUUUCAAGAAAAAUUUCGCUCAAAUCCAGAAAAUCCGUUGUGCGCGCAACGAUCUCGAACGCGUAUUGACACCCUAUCAAGUCCACAGCUGGCUGGCGCCCGCCCUAGAUCAUUCACUAGAUGCGAUUCGCGCAGAAGAUGCGUCAGCGUUUAAGCUAGGCUACGAGGAGCAGAUUCCUGGCCAAACGCGAGACUGGAAUGACGAAUUGCAGUCUACAAAAGAACUGCCUCGGCAAGGUCUUGCCCAACGUGUAUUGCGCGAGCGCGCAGUAUUCAAGGUGUACGCCGAUUUUGUUGCUGCCGCGACUCGGGGCGCUGUCGCUGUCGUUGAAGGCAAUGUGUUGGCUUUAAAUCCGGGAGAAGAAUUCCGUUCGCAAAUGUUCAUCUGGAACAACAUUUUUUUUUCACUUGGCUUUGAUGUCAGGGACCAUUAUGCUCGGGUUGGGGGAGAUGCGGCUGCCCACGUAGCUCUGGCCAAUGAUCUUAAAGGUGUUCAGGCAUAUUUCGACGCCGACGUUGAUGGCCUACACACACUUGGUACAGUAGUCGUCGAUUAUCGUGGAUAUCGUGUAAUGGCGCAGUCGAUUAUUCCGGGAAUUCUCGAAAAGGAACAAGAUCAGUCGGUGGUGUAUGGGUCGAUUGACUCUGGCAAGACCGUUGUGUCCCACCCGAAAUAUGAGGAACUCCUAGGCGCGGCUGCGUCGACGAUUAAGGUGCAACCGCACGAAGUGCUGAAUACCGAAGGCGACGCUGUAUCGCUAGCUUCGUCUAUCGAAUGCAAGGGCAUCGUUGGUGAUGAUGGACGUCAUUAUAUUCUUGAUCUUAUGCGUACGUUCCCUCCAGAUGUGAACUAUCUACAACAAGACUUUGUCGAACUGCCGAAAGAGCUUCGUGAAAUGGGCUUCCCUAAGCAACAACGCCACAAGCUUGCUUCGCUUCGAAACGAGCUUAUUGAACAAUUUGUCGAACAAAAAUAUAUGCUCUUUGUCAAGAACGUCGCUAUGCAGUACCAUAAUCUGGAUAAGGAGAAUAAUGACGCAAAUACCGAGGAAAAUAGGAAGGUUACUGGCGACAAAGAUAAGAGGAAAGACAAUGCAGAUAAGGUAAAAAAGGCCGAAGCUAUUGGAACACGCGAGGAUGAGCAAACAUCCGAAGAGGAAGCCGCGCAAAAACAGGACAUUGUUCGUCGGGCAGCCCAAGCUGUAAAUUCCUUAAAAGAAGACGAAUUUUGGAUUCGUUUCAACGCUGAUGCCUUCCUCGAUCACAUUAGCAUGGCUCAAUCUGAGACUCUGACCAAGGAACGUGCGCUGAUUGUCGAAGCGGCAGAAUUCCUAGUUAAUACGCAGAUUCCUGCUUUGAUCCGUGAGGCAGUGGAACACGGGACUUUCAUUCUUGACGGUACAACUCUCACUGGGGCGCUACAUAGCAAGGGCAUUAAUGUACGAUACCUCGGCCUUUUCGCCAAAUGUGUUGCAGCCGAAGAGCGCCUGUCGUAUUUGUAUCGCAUUUGCAUGCAAGAAAUGAUUUGUCGAUCUGCCAAGCAUAUCUUUGUUGGUUAUAUGCAGUCGGUAGAAGGCCAGUUCAUAGCUCAAGCCGUGGCCCACUUUCUGAAUUGCUUGCUUAGUGCGAAACUGGCCCCGAAUUUUGUGCCAGCUUGCACUGUCGUCGGAUCUUCAGGUGGAGGUCGAGGUAGCAAAGGAAAACAUAAGAGAGGCAGAGGUACCCAGAGCCCUACCUCGACGGCCCAAUCCGGAUUAACUGGCUCUGCUGGCGGCAGUAACGCUAUUGACUGGCUGACAGUUACCCCGAAAACACUAUUCGCGUUAAUUAAAGGAGAAAUGAAGGACUAUUUCGACUUCGACGACGAGAGCAACUCGUUUGAUACCCUUUAUUCUCACUACGAUGUAUCUCGCAUAGCGUUGAUGCGGGCGUUCUGUAUGCGCGUCGGUAUACAGGUGCUGCAGAAAAAUUAUCAGCUCUCGACCGGACUAAGUAACGGUGCCAUAUGCGAGGACGACAUCGUGAACUUGUUCCCCAUUGUAAAACAUAUGGAACCAAGGGCAACAGACGCUUUCCGCUUUUAUUUGACGGCGCAGAGUAAAAUCCAACAGGGUUAUCUUAAAGAUGGAUUCGAACUGAUAGCUGAAUCUUUGCAGCUGAUGAACCAGGUAUACGGUCCGAUGCAUCAUGAAAUUGUACAGUGUCUGCGAUUGCUUGCUCGGCUUUCGUACAUCAUGGGCGACCAUGAGGCAGCUUUAGGUCAGCAACAGCGAGCGGUUAUCAUGUCUGAAAGGGUAAACGGCUUCGAUAGCCCACAAACCAUCCAAGAGUACGGAAGUCUUGCACUCUAUGCCUUCGCAUGUGGACAGGUUCCGACGACAUUGAUGGUGUUAUACCGUAUGCGUUAUCUAAUGCUAGUCGUCUGCGGAGAGAAGCACCCAGAAAUGGCUACCUUAGACGCUAAUAUCGGCCUCGUUCUUUACGCUCUCCGACAGCAUGAAUUUGCGCUCAGUUUCUUGGAGAGCUCUUUACGUCUUCAUUUAACCUUCUAUGGAAAUAAGUCGAUGAAGACAGCUCUAGCUUACCACUUGGUAGCUAGAACGCAAUCCUGUCUUGGUGACUUCCGAGGUGCCCUCAAAAACGAACGUGAGACAUACGCCAUCUAUCGGACAAUUCUUGGUGAUGCACACGAAAGGACCAAAGAAAGCUCCGAGUGCCUUCGACAUUUAACACAGCAAGCUGUAGUGCUGCAAAAACAGAUUAACGAACUGAGCGACAAUGCCAACAUGCCUAAGAAUGCGAAUAAAGUUCUACCCCCAAUUUACGUGACGCCUCCGCCAAUGGCUAACGUACUUGAGCUUCUAAAUAUCAUCAACGGAUUCAUCUUUGUACAAAUCAGCCCGGCCGAAAUUGAGGCUUUGCGCGCUGAGCUCGCUAAAAAGACUACCCAAGAAAAUGGCACAUCGAACCAUACGACAACUGAGGUGCAGAACGCAACGGCCGGCCCUACGAUCCAGACAGCGCACAAAAGCGCGGGUUCAGACAAGGCACAACCUAAAAUUCAGAAGUAAAGUGUUUCCAGAAACACUCGAAUUAAGUAACCGGAAAAGACAGCUUCGUGUACGUCGGAUCGAAGGUUUUGGGUUAAG